ACUCAACUCAAUCCUAAACUGAAUGUGACUCGCGCCAAAGAAUCAAAGCUUCCAUUUCAAGGAAUCAAGAACCCAAUCUCGCCGGCGGUGUUGGCGGCGGAACCCUAAUCACCAUUCAAUGGCGGAAUCCUCCUCCUCCUCCUCCUCCAUGCUCAAUGACCUUCUUGUUCGGCUAUCGAAACCAAUCUCAGAGUCUCUACUCACAACCCCUUACACUCCACACCAAGGCUCCAACGUCUCCAUCAAAGCCUUCAUCAAACCCCUCCUCUCAUUCAGAAACCCUAACAUCCAUUCUUCCAUCCAAGAUUUCGCUCUAGCGUGCGCUCUUCUCUCUUCUUCCACCCUCGAUUCUUCAGGCAUUCUCUCAUGGAUUCCCAACCACCUUUCCUCCCUCGCAACUGCUUCCUUCUUCGAGGUUUCGCGAGCCUACCUCACCGUCUUCGAUGACAGAAACUCCCGGUUUCUUGCUGAAUUGGGUUUGAUCGGUGACGUUGUUCCUCCUCCUGAGAAGAGGUUGCUGCUGGAGAUGAUGCCUGAGGUCUUGCCUGAUCUCAAGGACCGCAUUAAGGAGAGCUCCAUUGAUAAGUCUGAUGAGAAUAACGAAUUCUCAGCCGCAUCAGCGAGAGUCCCCGCUGUGUUUGCGAUUCUCGCUGCUUUUCAGUUUAGAUGGUUUGUUAUUCAGGUUGAUUAUCCUCAUUUAGGCAAGUUGUGUGGGUUGGUGAUUCCUUGUGCACUGACUGCUGUUGAUCAUUGGUCGCCGGCCGUGAAGGGUCAGGGCAUGAUUACCCUUACGUAUCUCGGAAGAAAUGUGGAUGCUGCUGAGCUUGAUCGGUAUAAGGAUGUGAUUCUUGAUGCCUGCUGCCAGAAUAUUGCUUCUGAUGAUGAAAUAUGGCACCUUGUUGUUGAGGCGUCAGUGGUUCUUGUGACUCUUACUCAGAAAAGAAAUCCACGUAGUCCAUGGUUUGAAAGGAUGCUAAAUGAGAUGUUAAGUCACUUGGAGCGCCAGCCCAGGAACAAAGAGCGCCGUAUUGCAUGGCUCAAAUCUGCCGAUCCACUCUUCAAUGGAGUUGGUCUUAUGCUUUUAGCUCACUUCAGGCGCAUUUUCCCAUUAUUUUUUCAGUGGAUGCAUGCUGAUGAUGAUGAUACCGUUAUUUUGGUUUUAAAGUGUACUUUUAUACUUUUGAGACUGACGUGGAUUAGGAAGUCACCAUAUGUUGUAAGAUUGGUAGAUGAACUCGUUCUUGUGUAUAAGGAGGCAGCAUUGAGAACAGCUCGGGAAGGGAUUAGAGCAAAUACAUGUCAGAUACUUAUCCUACUUCAAGAAAGCAAAGGCAUGCACUUUAAUGUGGCUUGGGAAAAGCAUCGACAGGAUCCAGACUUGACUACUCUUCAUCUGUCGCUAAGCAGAAGGAACAACACCAACCUUGAUACUUUGCUCUCAGAGAAGGGUCCAGCACCAGUUCAGACAUAGUUGACAACUUGACAUGCAUUUCUGAUUUUUCAAGUGACAUGGUUACCGCAAUUUGAGUUUACAUGUAUAGUUAACAAUUAGAAAUUUUGGAGCAUGAAUAAUGAAGUGAAGCUUGAAUUCUUUUA